GGAUCAGGAGCCAGUGAAGACAGCAAGAUACCAGCACAGCAUACAGCUUUAUGUUAAGGACUGUCACUGGAAAGGAGAUAAAUAUAUGCCACGACGAUUCUUAAUUAGAUCCAGAUUCUUGUGGCAGGUCACGGGAGAGGAGCAAACCCUGCUGUACCGCUGUGGUUCUGGAAGUAAGACCUGAGGUGGAGCUCUUUCUGGAAUCGUAUUGCCUUCUGGCUAACACGCUAAUAUGACACUCUGUGUGUGAAUUUUCACGCAAAAACAGGACUCUUGGAUUUAUCGAGCCGGGCGCUUGAAUGGGCUUCCGCUUUCUUUCUCAUUGUGACAUCCGACUGCUCGCAUGCAGCUAAAGUCAUGCUGGCCUUUCGUCUUGCAGACGUAGCCGGUUAGCAGACUACCCCGGAGGCUCGGCAGGUGAAAGCCGCGCACGCAGCGCUUGGGUCGGCGUGAGAUCUAACGCCAUGCCGCUGUUUGAAAGAGGCCGAUUCGUCGAGCUAACUUCACCGAGCUAACGCUAGCUGGAAUUAGCAGGCCGCUUUAGAUAGUUAUUAUUCCCCAGUCAGCUAAUUACAAAAGCUACAGGUGAAAAACGUGGUGCACCUUUCGCUUUCUUUUUAUACUGUGCUUACUUUAUAAGCCCUGACUGCAGGGUUAGCCAGUGGCCAGUAAUCUGCUAAUUGGCUAGCUCUUUAGUUAGACUGUAGCGUUAAUGCAAAGCCAUUUGUAGCGUCUGGUUUUGCUGUUGUUUACACUGUUAAAAUCAGAUUAUUUUCUUUAUCUUACAGCUAGCUUGGAGGAGUGAUAAUGUGGCUUGUAAAUGUACUUUUACGUAACUAAUGCACGCUGUUUUGUGUAUUCAGAAAUUUGCACUAGAUUGCCACAUACACAUCAGUAUAGAUCAUAUCAUCUUCACUUAGUGGAGACUUUUUAAUCAUUUCCAGUGAAAGCAAACGAAAUAUCAAAACUAGUCUGAAUGGGAUCAUUUAGGCUGGCACCUCUGCUGAAGCCUCCACAUGUAAACAAGCCUGAGUCAAGUGCGUGUCAGGUUUGCAUUGGUACUUUUUUAAUUGCACUUAAUCAUUAAAUAAGCAGUUAAUCCUGUGCUAUUAUCUAAACACUAUUUAUGUGUGUUUAAGCAGUUACCUUAAGCCUGACACAGACAGUAAAAAAACAUGGGAUGUUGUUGACCUCCUGGCGCAUAGCGAGACAUAACAGCCCAUCCAUUCAUUCAUGAUUGAUGACCUGCGAGGAAGUAGGUUGUCCUUCAUCCAUUUUCCACUACAGCUAAACCUCUGCACCAAGCCAUUAACAGUCCAUAUUUAUUCCUAACCACUAAUGUAAAUGAGUGAAGAUGAACCCCGGGGAGAUUUGAGUGUUAUAGUUUUAGCAGCACUUUCCUUGUAAAUCCUAUGAAGCCUAAAACUGGAGCCAGUGGUGUGGAACAUGAAGAACUCUGUGUCUGAUCUGAACCUGCAGCCAGGUAGUGUGAAGAUCUGAUCAAAGAGCCACAGAAAGGUGCCGCUGUGCAGACAAGAAAGUUGAAGAGGAAAGAGAUCAUGAUGGUGAUAAUAAAAGCAGCCCAGUGACUGUUUUGAAUCCCACACCAAGAAGCAGAGGAGUGUUUAAAAAGGCUGCAGUCAUGAGUCUCCGCCAACCCACCUCCACACUGGACAGCAGGGCAGCUCAUAAGAAAACCAACCAACUGUUCAGGCUCAGCAGUUUGACAAUUGGGGAUUCGGAGCGUAAAUCUUCUGCCCCUCAGCAGAGAGAGCCAGCAGCAGAAAUUAUUACUGACAGCACAGUCCCUGGUCUUGUCCAGAGAUGUGUGGUCGUGCAAAAGGACCAGCUGGGUUUCGGCUUCACAGUGUGCGGAGAGAGAGUCAAGCUGGUGCAGAAUGUCCGACCAGGUGGUGCAGCGGUCAAGGCUGGUGUUCAAGAAGGGGACCGAAUCAUAAAGGUGAACGGCUCGUUGGUGUCCUCCAUGUCCCAUCAAGAGGUGGUAAAGCUCAUAAAAUCUGGAACUUACGUCGCACUGACACUACAAGGGCCACCUCCAUCAGCCACCUCCUUGCCCUUGGAGCCCCUCACUGCUGAUCACGCCCCUAAUCAAAGAACGUCUCUGGGCGGGGAGGCUGCACCCCCUCCACCUCCACCCUUGCCCUCUGGAAUGAGCAGCACCCCCUCCCAAAGGAUCACAGGACCCAAACCACUACAGAACACAGAAGUACAAAAACAUGCUACUCAGAUACUCAGGAAAAUGCUGGAGCAGGAAGAGGCUGAACUGCAGGACUUGCUGGACGAGCAGUUGAGGAACCCGUCGCCGUCGCUGGAGGAGCGGAUCGAAAGUGCCAAGAGGAGAGCUCACCAAGUCAGAGUGAAGAUUCAGCAGGAGGUGGAGGGAACGCGGGCAGAGUCUGUCACAAGCUACGUUAUAGCAGGAGAAGGGCGUCUAUCAAUGGACUCCAGUGACGGAGACAUGGAGGCCUUUGAGAGUCCCCACUCCUCCCCUUCAUUUUCCUUCCGGACCCCCCUACACCGACGCCAGAGGUCCGACACACACACCCUGUCUGAUUUGGGUGGAAAAGCCCAGAUCAUCGGCCCUGAGGAGGAAGAUGAAGAAUGUGAUGGCUAUGCAUUUAAUGAGAUGGACGGCCCAUUCCAAGACAUUGAGUUGUUAAAGGCGCGACCAGCACACAUGACAGUGUUCAUGAGAUAUGUCUUCACCCAGCUACUGGAUCCCAACCCUCUGCUGUUUUACCUGUCGGUGGAAGCUUACCUUGGCUCCAGUCCUAAAGAUGCCCGCGCACUCGCACCACAGAUCUGCUCCCAUUUCCUGGAACCAGAUGCCCCCCUGAAAAUUAAAGUGCGAGAGGAGUAUCUUGCAGACAUCGAAACUCGGCUUCAUGCCCAGGAGGACAUCAGGGGACCUCUGUCUGAUCUGCAGCAGCAAGUGCUACCAGACAUCCAGGACCAGAUGCAGGACUACAGGAACAAGCAGAUGAUGGGUCUCGGCUCUCUGUUUGGAGAAGGAGACCUGCAGCACCUUGAUGGAGAUCCUUUGAAAGAGAGACAAGUGGUGGACAAACAGGUCGUCGCCCUCUGGGAAAUCCUAUCCAAGCAUGAGGAGGACAGAAGUUCUCCUCUGGCUUCAGCUGUGCUCCUAUACCUGCGUCAUUCUGGCAUCAAGCUUAGAGACUCCAAGGUCUUCCCUGGCCUGACCACGGAGAAGGACAAGUGGCUGACUUUCUUAAAGCCUAAAAAGCUGAGCGGUACCAAGAAAGAAAAAGAUGGAGAGGAUAAAAAGCGAAAUCCCAUCCUGAAGUACAUCGGCAAACCCCGGUCCACAUCCCAGUCCACAUUCCAUGUCCCGUUGUCACCCACUGAAGUCCGGCCUGGCAGCGUCAGGAACAUCAUUCAGCAGUUUGAGAAUAACUCGGAGACCGGAGAGGAGGGCGGUGACGCCGCUGACCCGCAAAGGCUCUCCUCCAGCAGCCUCGGAGAUGAAAUGGACAGUCCUCUACCAGUCCGCCUGGCUCGCAGCGAGUCGUUGAAGGCUCAGGGAGAAGGGCGACGGCGGGGCAUCACCUCAGCAGCAGAGUCUGUCCCCCGCUCUCGUAGUGAUGUGGACAUGGAGGACUGUGGGGAUGAGAGGGAGGGGUCAGGCCUGAGGCCGUUGCAGCACAGCGCCUCGUCAUCUGCAUCCAGCAGCUCUGCACGGUCUCUAGAGAACCCUACACCCCCAUACACCCCUCGGUCUAGACGCAGGAGCAUGGAGUUACCGAUCGCUCUGCUGCCGGACGCUGCGGUGCUGGAGGAUGAUGUGUGUGACAGUAAGACCUGGCAGGAAACCGUUUCCCCUCAGCUCCUCGCAACACUCAGUCCCAGGGAGGUGGAUAGACAGGCUGUGAUAUAUGAGCUGUUCACCACUGAGGUGUCACACCUGCGAACCUUACGGGUCCUUGACCAGGUUUUCUAUCAGAAGAUGAGGUCUGUCCUGAACUCUGACGAGCUCGCCUGCAUCUUCCCCAACUUGCCUCAAGUUUACGAACUCCACGCAAGUCUGUGUGAGGCGAUGAAUAAGCGAAGAGAAACUCCCGUCGUUCAGGACAUCGGGGAUGUUAUUCUGGCCAGGUUUGAAGAUGCAGCUGGAGACGAGUUUCAGGAACAAGCGUCCCAGCUGUGCCGUCAGCAGUCUCAGGCUCUGGAGCUCAUUAAGAGCAAGCAACGUAAAGACCCUCGCUUCGCUCAGAUUAUCCAGGAGUGUGAGGCGAGUCCUCACUGUCGCAGGCUGCAGCUCAAAGACCUGCUGGUGUCAGAGAUGCAGAGACUCACAAAGUACCCUCUGCUGCUGGACAAAAUCAUUAAAUACACAGAAGAGGGUUCAUCGGACCUCCCCUUGCUCCAGCGUGCACAGGCAUGUUGCAGAGGGAUUCUGCAGAGUGUCAAUGAGGACGUCAGGGAAACGGAGCACCGGCAACGCCUCAGCGAGUACCAGCGCAGGCUAGAUGCUACCCCACAGUUCAAGAAUCUGGACCUCACCACUAAAAGAAUGAUCCAUGAAGGCCCUCUCAUCUGGAAAGUUAACAAAGACAAGCAGAUAGAGAUCCAAGCGCUGCUGCUGUCAGACUGCCUGGUCCUCCUUCAGAGGGGCCCAGACGAGCGGCUGCAGCUGCGAUAUCCAUCCAGCAGGUUGGGUGGAGGUGGAGGAAGCAGCGGAGACAGCAAGACCUGUUUUAGCCCUCUCGUGAACCUGGAGUCACUGCUCGUUCGCUCAGUAGCUACAGACAACAAAGCCCUUUAUGUUAUCAGCACCACAGAGAGGCAGAUCUAUGAGCUGGUGGCUGGAACGCCAUCCAACAAAGACAUCUGGAAAGAUUUACUCGAGAAGGCCAUCUCUUCAGCCAGUGGAUCAUCACCGUUGCUCAAUCACAGCUCAAUGUCUUCCCCCAAGCUACGCAGCGCUUCCCCCGUCUCAACCAGCAGCACCGUCUAUGGAGAUAACUCUCUGACGGAGCAGUCAGACUCCACGGAGACUCACUCCACCAGCGAUGACCCCAUGCUCUCCGACAACACGCCUUCGGACCAAUCGGAAGCUUUCAUCCGUCGUGACAGACAAGAAGUCGGUGUGGCAGAGGCUGCUUUGCAAGAUGUCGAAACACUGCGGCAGCUCAUAUUACGAGAUCUCGAAGAGGACAGUUGGAGCCACGAUUCAGAUGAUACGCCCACCAAUGAGACGGCCGCUGAAAGGAGCUCAUUCACUGAGAGGCAGCGACCGGAGUCUCUGGAGACGGUCCUCAACUACUGCACCGAUGAAUGGGACGCCGAGCCAGAGGAGCUGCUGCCCGCAAAGACGGAGAAACCCAGCGUUCAGGUUGUGAGGAAAGCCGUGGUUGUGGGUCCUUCUUCUUCUUCUGUCCCUGAAGACAUCACUGAUGAUGUCACCCUCCCCUCCAAUCAAUCAUCCAAGUCAAGAAGCGAGGCCAAAAAACAGGGGAAUACGUUCUACCUGGUAAUGCCCACAGAACAGGGUGAGAGCAUGACUGAAGAUCUCAACGACCCUCCUACUCCCACUGCCAGCCACUUCCCUCAGCUUGUAGAGGAAAUGACAUCACCACAGAUGCACCCAGAAGAGGAAACACCAGCCUGCGGUCCAGAGUCCAACCAAUCAGAGACUAUGCAACUGGAACACGAAACAGAAAUGGGCCAGUCGCGGGCUGUGCAACAGUGCAGGAGUCAUGUAAUCAAAAAUGUGGAUGAGAUUUUUCACACAAUUGAGGGGUUGAUGAGCAAGUUGCGCCACCUGAAGGAGAUAGAGAAGAAGCAUUACAAGCUUCUGGAAACCCUCAAAGAGUCCUCUGUCAGUCAGGAGAUGGAGGACCAACAGUCUCCCUCUGCAACCGUCUCCAGGACGCCGUCUCUAGAUCGCGGCUCAGGAGAUGGCAAAGAGGGCAGACCAGCAGAGCCCAAAAUCCUGUCAACUGGAUUCUGAUGUCGCUGCAGGGUAAAUUUACUUGCAGUCACUUGAUCUUGAUUGGUGGCAUACAGACGUACCUAUACGCACCCACUUUCAGACCAUGUUCCCCUCACCCAUCAGCCCUGCAUGCACCAGCCAGCGGCGCAGAACAUCAAAAAGCCCAUCGCAGUUUCUCUGUUUCUGUUGCCCUGACACAACAGGAAGGUGGUCGGACUCAGAUUUCUAAGCUCAGUGCAGUACGAGGGAAUCCGUGGAAGCUGAGGAGAAAAUAUGAAGGAAGGAGAAAAAAAAAAGACUCAGAAGUCAAGUUUACUGUGGAGGAGAAAACUAAAACGUUGGAAGAACUGAAAGUGGAAAACUGAGCAAGUUGGAUAUUUGUGAAGGAAAGUGACUUGCAUGUAUUGCUUUUGAAGAGCUGGUUGAAGGAACAGAGCACAAAACAAGUGUUGAAAUGUUAAUUUAAGGAAAAUAAUAAUCAGAGGGACCCGUCACCCCAGCACUUUACCCACAACGCACCUCUCUGUCGUGUACGUCCUCUACAGUGGACUGAUCAGGGACUGAAGGAUUCAGGCUUCAUUUGGGAAGGGGGAGGAGGGCAGUGUGUGAGCCUGAGACGUCUCCGGGGUCCCCCCCCCUCCACUGCUUUAUACUGAGUUCACCUGCCGCCUCGGCCGAAGGACUGUGUCUAUAUAAUUCAGGUUAUUUGCACUGGGUAAGGAAAAACACACACAAGCAUCGUUUAACUCUCAUUCAUCUCAGACACUAACUGUGGAAGAAACUCUUUAACGCUCAUUUUGCUCGUGCUCGCACCUUCUUUGAAGCUACAAGAAGGCUUUCAUCAGCACAACAUGCCGUGUUCAGUUUUACACUUCUUUUUUUUUUUUUGCAAACACUACUAUGCUGUUUACUACUGAAAUGCUGGCAGGUUUUAUUUUCAGCGGCGCGCAGGGAUCUCAGCGAUUCUUACAACGUGCUCAGUGGGAUUUACACAGCUGUUCUGAUCAGCACGUAUAGCUGUUUGAACAUUUGGGAGAUUUACAUUAAGUUGAGGUGAGAUUCAGUUUUAACAGAUCGUGACGAAAAUGGGAUACGGCCGGUUCAGACUAAGAAACUUGAAUUUUCACCGGGAACCUGUUGCCAAAUAUCAGACUGGCGUUGCCUGCCUGUUUACACUUUAAGGUUUAACUGUGCGUCCCUCGGCCCGCUCUAGUGUAUCGUGUAAAUGUGUAGUGAACGCCACGGUGAAUACUGUGAACCAGCAACUCCCAGCCAUUUAAUAAUAAUCCCAUACGUAGUGUUUAUAUCCACUAAGCCAUGAAAAGACUGAGCUCUUUACCAAGUAGCUUUGCAGCGAGGAGCCCCCCACACCCCCAAGCACAGAUCCACUGUCUGUGGAAGAAUAAAAGCUUUUGUAGGAAUAGUUUGAUAUUUUGGGGAAUACACUCAGUUUGUUGCCUUAACAGGUGGUUAGCAGAGCUUAGUAUGAAAACUGGAAACUGGGCUUGACCAAAAGCAACUAAAUCCACCUGCCUGCACCACUGAGAGCCGACAUGAAGUCGAGACAGCAGCAGGUUGUUUUUUUUUUUUUGUUUCGUUUAUUUGUUUUGUUUUUGGCUUUUUUUUGUGUAGUUCACAACUGGAGAUGCUCAGGGAUGCAAAGUGGGGCUGGAGCCUAUCCCAGCUACAGUAGGGCGAAAUGCAGAGUACACCCUGGACCCUGAAUUGGAUAAACAGCAGAUGGAUGGAUGGAAAUACUUAGUGUGGAUUUAGGGGUGGUGCCUGGGUAGCAGAUAAAAGAGGCAGGACACACGUCGCCCCCUAGUUAGUGCACUAUGAACUCUCUCUGAGUUGUCCAGGUCAUCUCGAUAUUUGCAUUUUCUCACGCAGCUCUGCCAGGUAGAGUUCAGGGCUGCAGAGCAUGUGUGAAAAUAUAAAAAAAAAAAAAAUCCUGCACCCAGCUUAGAAAAGUCCAACAUAUAGUUCCCUUUAAAAUCUCCUUGCUAAACCUUUUUUACCUUUUUUUUUUUUUCCCCCCCAGAUAGACAAACUUGAGUUUAGCAGGUGGCUUUGUUGUUUCUGGAAAGAACCACACUGGCUCUUUCAAGUCCUCAUGCUAUGCUAUGCCAAGCUAAGCUAAAUUGGCUAGCUUUUUGCUAAAGCUCUGUAUUUAACACACAUGUGUGAGGCUGGUUUUGGUCUACCCAUCAAAGUGUAUUUCCCACAAGUCAGACUAUAUGUUGUCACACGCCUUGUUUGAGGCAUGUCUAACCAGCAAAGACUGACACGAACACCCUGUGAUUUUUUUUUUUUUUUUUUUUUUAUAAAUAAUCUCCUUUGUUUUUCUUGAACCUGCAUCUGUCUGGUACUAAUUCUAACACAUGGCAGGACAAAAUGUGUUUUUAAACUGCUAUUAAAUAGCUUCCUUUUGAGAGGUUAAGUGUAGCAGUUUAAAUGUUUUUAAGGCCUCUUUAAUUCUCAACCAGCUCUGCGGAAACACACCAGACUGAAUCAGCUGGUUUCAUUACACAGCCUGAUUACCAGCUCCAUAACAAUUUAAGAACAGUGAUCAAAGCCAGGAGCAGAUUACAUUGUAAACACUGUCAGCAUCAGAUUCUGCCAUUAAAAUGAUGUUUCACUGCCUGGUGGAAGGUUUUUGCUCUUUAGCCACCACACUGCGUAGGAGAUGUGACUUGGCAGUCACAUAUGUGCAAAAAAUGAAAUGCAAAUUUAAAAAGGAAAAAAAAAAGAUGAUUAGAGCAGCGUUACUGAAUGCCAGGAUGACUGAUUAAUUUUUUUUCUUUUCACAGCUGUAUGAACUUGCAAAGGAAUUUGUGCUAAAAUGUUCUACCAAAGGGAUUUUUUUUUCAGAGGUGUUGAAGGGAACACGAGAUUUUUCUUUCUUCAUAUUUUGGCUGCUGAGAUUCAAGCACUUCAGACCAGGGGACUGAAAUUUUGUUAGUGUAAAAAGCAAAGGAAAAUCACUACUUUUAACACUUUUUCAUGUCAAGCUGUCUGCACACUGUCAUCACACUAAAUUUUAUUUAUAAUAAAAAAAAAAUACCAAUGGUCUGAGCUGGUUGAAUCAUUCUCUUUUCUACAUCUUUCCAUGCAUUCUUCUCUUUAUUCCUCCCCAUCAUUAACUACAGCAUUUUCUAAUUCCUACCUCUACACUUUCUUUGUUUCUUCAGUGAUUUCUUUCUUUUUCCUACGUUGAUCUUGUACAUCAGCAUCGUGGCCCUAACGGCUGGAAAGAAGCUAUAACUGAUUCCACUAUUGAAGAAAAAAAAAAAAAAAUUUGCACAAACAAAACUUCCCUGCACAGUGCAAACUACUGUAUGCAUAAACACAUCAUUAACUAUCAUCUCAUUAUCUUUAUUUUUUUGUCUUUUUUUAAAAUCUUGUUCACACAUGUAAUAUAGAGAUCAAACCCACUUGUUUUGUAUACUUUAAUUUUUUUUCUGUAAAGCCUUAGUCAUUGUACUUGAUUUUUAUUUUUGUAGAUAUUAAAAAAAGAUGUAUAAAUUAUUUUCUUCUCAUUUGUUUUUAAAAUUGUGAGAUUGUUAGCUGCACAGAAAGAAAAAAAGAGCUCAUAUCUCAGAUUCAUGUGUUUUGUGAGAUUAAAAAGAAACUGGAUAAAGAGAA